GCCGCGCUCAGCUGUUUGCUGUUUACUAGCGUCAAACAAAGGCACUCAGUCGAGUGCUGGACGCCGCAGUGCGCGCUUUUGCUCGCGUUCGCUCGAGAAAUUACCUAAUUUCCCCUUUCCCUCGUCGUGUCAUCGAUGUGCGCUGAAUAGUGAACACGAGUGCGACUGUACAAGUGGCAUAGUGGCAUUUCUUUUUUUUUUCUUUUGGUUGUCGUCCAGUGUGUUCCACCGUAUACAGGCAGAGGCCUUUGCUGCGCAACAGCCAACACAAAUGCAGUGAAGAUGCCGUCAUUGCUAGAAGCGUUGGAGCUGAAGUACGGCGACACAGCGCCGUCCGAGUGCUGCCUUACCGACGACGAACAGGAACCACCGCAAUUGAGUGGUUCACCGCGCAGCGCUGCCCUAUCAGUCAGCAUUUUCAUCCCAAAAAAGUCACCAAGACACACGGUGCCAGCUCUCCUCGUAUUGCAAGACUGUGACAUCGAGUGUGCGGGUGGAGAUGAUGAGAAGUUACGCAACAAAUGUCGCAAUGUCGAAGAACUCGAUUUAGCUCAGAAUAAACUCUCUAAGUGGGAUGAAGUUUUCGGAAUUCUAAGGCAUAUGCCGAAAAUCAAAUUCGUCAACUUGAGCUUCAACAGUUUGCCAGAAGCGCUUGAGAUAAAAGACGGUAAAUAUGACGCACUACGCAAUCUGGUAUUAAACGGCACGAGAGUAUCUUGGUCGACAGUGCAAGGUUUGGUACGUCUGCUGCGUAACCUCGAGGAAUUACACUUAUCACUCAACGAGUACAAGACAGUUGAUUUAGGAUGUGAGAAGCCAGAAAAUCGUAAUCAUACUCUUAGGAGGCUUCAUUUCACCGGCAAUCCAGUGGAGUUUUGGAGCGAAAUAUCCAAACUCGGUUUUGCUUUUCCGGCGUUAGAAAGCCUUGUACUGGCUGAAUGUCCGAUUAGAUCACUUGAUAAUGAGGAAAAACAGGGUCUUGAAAACACGGAAAAUGAGGAUACGGAAAAUAUGAAUCAUAUUGUUGAGAGAAAUGGUGGAAUGCAAAGGGUUGAAAACGGCAAAGUUACAGGCAAUCGUAAUUUCGAAGAGGAUGACAUGAUGCCUAAUUAUCUCAACGGAACUGAAUCGACGUGCGAAGCCGACGACUGUAUGAAAGCUAAUGCAGCUCAUGAUCCCUUUAGAUUGCUUAGGUUUCUUAACGUUAAUGGCACAUUACUCUCGACGUGGGAUGACAUCGAUAAACUCGCUCGUUUUCCUCAACUCAAAUCCCUUAGGAUUCAAGGCUGCCCGCUCUUCGAGAGCCCACGCGAAUACACAGAGCACGAACGACGUCAGUUGCUGAUAGCGCGUCUACCCAACGUGGAGACCCUGAACGGUGGAGGCGUCAUUUCGUCGCAAGAGCGCGAGGACGCUGAAAGAGCCUUCAUACGCUACUACAUGGAUAAACCGGAACCCGAACGGCCCGAAAGGUACACGGAGUUGGUUGGCAUCCAUGGAAAACUAGAUCCGCUCGUAAACGUCGAUUUGACGCCAGAAAAGAGGGUCAAAGUUAAAUUUAGCUAUGGUGACCUAGUCGAGGUGAGGUCGGUGGACGUUUACAGAACGGUGUUCGAACUGAAAACUAAAUUAGAAUCAAUGGUGAAAAUUCCUGCAAAUCGCAUGAGGCUAUUCUACAUCGACCAGGAACUGCGAUCUCAGUACGGUCCAGAAGAGAUGCUGUAUCCAAAUAAGCAACUCUAUCGAUAUAACAUCCGAAACGGCGACGAGAUAAUAAUUGACAGUAAAGUUAAUCGUUAUGUGUCCUCGUCGACGACUCAGCAGUCUUCCAUGCGUUCCUGAGUCGUCGUCACGGAUAUCGACGACUGUGUCAGCGCGUCAAACUAAGUGAUGAUUUUUUAUAUCUGCUUAUCAUUUUUUCAUAAGUAUUAACCUUCGUAGCGCUCGAUUUUUCAAGGGCUAAUUUAAAUAAAAAUGCCGUCCGGUGAUUUUGACCGGUCAGGUUGUCAAAUCAAAAAAGAACAACAAAAGUAAUCCGUGUAACCCGCAGGUGCAAAGAAAAAGAGAAUUAUUUUUUUAAGUGCGAGUAAUUGGAUUUGUAAGAAGGAUAAGAAUGAAAAUUUACCUAUGUGUGUAUGUUCACUAUACGCAGAAAUCUAUUAAUUUGCUGUUCUAAAUGAAUAUGGCGUAGCAAUGUUUUUUUUCUGUGAUAGUGUUCAGAGGUAAAAUUCAUGCAAUUGCAUGCAAUCGGAGUUAUUGCGAUUCUUCUUGUACAGAUCUGAAUGACGAAUGAAUAUCGAUGUCACUUAUUUUGUUCGUGAUAUAAUAUCAUUAUUGUCUUUUGUUCAUAAGUUCGGCUGAACAGAGGAAAUUAUAUGCAUCGAUAGUUUUUUCUUUCCGCCGCGCUAAAAGUUGUUAGUUGUCACUGAGUACUUACAACUACUAUAAUGUUUAUUAUCGCUAUAGGGUUAAUAUUAUUUAACAGAAAAUGAUGGUAAAAUCUAAGAAUGUUAGUUUGUAUUUACAAUCAAUGAAAUACGUAUUUGUAGUCAAUUAACAAUGCAGACAUUCAACGAAUUUGAAAAGGAAUAUUAUGUGUAUUCAAUUAAGGGCAUUCUCAAAAAAACAAAAAAAUUAUUUUUAACACUCAGAAACUAAAACGUGGAUUGACAGAAUAGCCUUGAAGAGUCAUUUUCUAGUGCCUGCAAAAAUAGCGUUAAGUAAAUUUUGGAGCGAGCAAGUUUCAAAUCUUCACCGCUAUUAAAAAAACAAUGCCGAAGAGACGAAUACUCCGAAAUCUUCUUAAGCUUCCACACUUAUACGUGUACACUUCUUUUUGUAACACUGCCCUGUGUAAAUAUUUCUCGUGAUUCUACAUACUCGUAUCUUUUUUUCUUGGCAAACCAAACAACAAGACAACUGUGUAACAAAAAGAAACUUCUCUAGUCUCGAUAUGAUUUUUUUUCUUCUUGAUAAAUCAAAAUUUUUUACACUUUCCGAAAUUUACUGAAAGUUACAAAAUGCGAAAUAAAAGUAAAAUAAAUAAAUCAGAAGCAAGACUACGGACGCUGCUUUAACAAAUGCGCUGGUACAAGAAAAGAAGAGAACGAUGAUUUUCCGUACUACUGUUAGGGAAUUUCAAGAGUAAGGUGAAAAAGAAAAUUAACUAAACAAAAAAGAGACAAAUUGUUAGUAUCGUAUAAAACUUGGUGCGAUCUCGUUGUGUAGAUUUUGUUACUUUGCUUUUUGUUAGUCUUUUUUGUACUUAUAAAAAUAAUAUUUUGUCAAUAUACUUUUAUAUUAUACCUUCAAAAAAUCAAGACAUCUGAACUUAUCAACAAUAAACUGCCAUUGUGCGUUCUCUAAUAUCCAGCUAUUUGUCAAAUAUCCAUAUACGUGAUUUUUACGACAAGAUAUUACUUUUACAAGUAGUCCGUGUAUAUAGAUAAUUCACUUACUUUAUUGUUAUAUUCUUUAUUUUCUUGAUGUUUUUGAUUUAAAAAAAGAAAUGUUUUAUAUCUAUUGGAAUGAAUAAAAUUUUCGUUUGAAUGAGCAUUUUCAUUUUGUCGAAAAUGAUCUGUUUGAAUUCGUGACUUUAUGUGAUCGAGUAAGAAAGUGUUAAUCGAGCGACGAAUAACUGUGUACAAAAAAUAAAUCAUAAUAAGAAAAAACCUGUAUGAUUAACUGCCGCAUAAGAGAAUUACUGUCAUCUUCAUUGCGAUUAAUUUUUUUCUCUCUUUUUUUAUUGAACUAUAUAUGAUAAAUAACAGUGAUGCUUUUUACAUAUUGUAAAAUAUUUAUAUAUUUUAAUUGAAGCUACAAGAGAUAAGCUUCUUUGUAGUUUGAUUUUACUUGGAAGAAGAUUCUUUUGAUGUAUUUAUUGAGCUCUUCCAUUAUCAAUUUAUUAAGUUAAGUGUGAUCCUAUUAAGUGAUAAAAAAAAAGUUAAAUAAA